AUGGCUUUGUCAACUCUCCCUGAGCUUGGUCCUGGUAACAUAUUCCGAUCUUCUGCAGGGUUUAUUACGGCCUCAUUUCCCGCCAGAUUUGUGAAUCAAAAGUUGUGGGCCUCUUCUUCUUCUUCUUUCAGUUUGCGCAGUUCUUCCGGUUUCGCAAGUCCGGUAAAGAUGGCGGAUACUAAUUGUAAUAAUAAUAAUAAUAACAUUAUGGUUGGUUACUCCGGCGAUCAUCGGCCGAAAGUGUUGGUGACGAACGACGACGGCAUUGAUGCGCCGGGAUUACGCGCUCUGGUUAAUGUCCUCGUCGCCUCCAAUCGCUUCCACGUCAUCGUUAUCGCUCCUGAUUCUGAGAAGUCAGUUGUUAGUCAUUGCAUUACAUGGGGGAAGCCUAUUGCUGUUAAGCAUGUGGAAAUUAAUGGCACCAUUGCCGCCUAUGCUGUUACCGGAACUCCAACUGAUUGCACUUCUUUGGGAAUCUCGAGAACCCUCUUCCAUUCUGUGCCCGAUCUUGUUAUCAGUGGGAUAAAUAAGGGAAGCAAUUGUGGUUAUCAUGUGGUUUACUCAGGUACAGUUGGUGGUGCUCGUGAGGCUUUCUUUAAUAAUGUGCCGGCUGUCUCCUUAUCAUAUGAUUGGAUAGCAGGGAAGAGCAAUGUGAAUGACUUCACGCUGGCUGCAGAAGCUUGCUUCCCAAUUCUUAACGCGAUUGUUGCUGGAAUCAUGAAUGGCAAUCAUCCAUCAAAUUGCUUCUUGAAUAUAGACGGUUAUCAUCUGACCAAGCAAGGGAAAGGUGUUUAUAAACUUGGUUGGAGAGAGGUUAAUUCUGAUGCCGAUCAAGUUGAGAAAAUGACAUCGACAAUGUCGAUGGAGAAGCAUCCAGAUGCAUCUUCUUCUUCUUCUUCUUCUGGCGCAGGCGCAGAUGCUUCUCGUUUGCAGAAAGGACAACUUAAUUUCAUGAGAGAGGUGAAAGGAGGACAAGUGGACAAUAACAGUGAUUCAGACUAUUGCAACCUGCAAAAAGGAUAUAUUACUGUCACUCCUCUCGGCGCUUUAUCGCCUCCAGAUGCAGAUGACUAUUCAUACUUCAAAGAAUGGCUUCCUACGGUAGGCAUUCACUCAUCGUCGGCCUUGUAA